AUGGCGGUCCUUGGGGCAUUAAUGGUGCGGUACGGCGAGGCGUACGACGGUCGGGCGAUGGCGUGUACUGGCGCGGAUGCGGCGGGAUUCCGUCCUUGUCUCCGGCGGCGGCGGGCAAGGGCAGUGGUCGCGCGCGUGUCUGGCGCGUCCGCGGUGGCACGGGGGAGCACAAUCCGCCCCCUCACCGAGAGCGGCAGGAGGAGGAGGGAGGAGCCGGCGGCGUCCGGUACGGGGCCAAUCCCCGCCGUGCCUCUGCGCACGAGGCCGCCAAGCACCACGGCGACUUCGGCGCCCAGGGGCACGAAGCGAACCGGCUCCACCGCCGCCUUGGAGGCGAAGGCGAAGAAACAGCGCCGGCAGCAGCCGAAGAAGGUCCCGGAGCAGGCCGGGGUCCCUAUCAAGUUCGCCCAGGGCGGCGGCUCCCGGCAAGCUCCGCGCGUCGCGUCGCCGCCGCCGCGCCAAAGGAGGGAGCCGACGCCGCAGCCUUCAUCGCGCGCUCCUACGCCGCCGCCGCCUGCGGGUACUGCGCCUUCCGCAGGGGCAUCUUCCUUCGCCGUGCCGCUGGCUUCAGCGCCUGAUCGCGGCACGCGGGUCGAGCCGCCGCGGCAGCCGACGCUGGACGAUAUGUUCCCGCGCCGCGCCCCGUUUGUGGAGCGGGCAGCCGGAGCUGGCAGGGGCAUGCCAUCCGUGGCGGGAGCUGGAGCCGGAGCUGUCUUGGUUGGCUGA